CCGCACGAUCAAUCGUCAUAUCGACACAGAUCCUAUUGUGAAGUCUCAAGGAAAUGGUUCCGUAUGGCGUGGCAACUAUAGCAGCAUCGGUAUUGUGUUCCCUCCAAUUCUCCGCGUAGACGGACGUCUCUUCGUAGUAAGGUACUAUAAGGCAUUGAUCAACACGCGAAGGACUAGAAUGAACGCGUAUGCGAGUUAUAUCAUUUAUAUAUCUUGCAGCAUCGCUAACAUCAAUAGAAUAAAUGUUGGACGCUCGAGUAUAUAACAGUCUUGACACAAGUAACAUUAUAUUGUAUAAUACUGCUUCUCGUAUGGUGGGGGCAUAGAAUUUAUCUGGUGAUACUUCUUAAGGCCUCAGUACGCGCUCGUUCCGCACGUGUUACAACUCGUCCAAGUUCACUGGUAAAUGGAAAGCGGUUCUCGAAAAACUUCUACUUGACAAAUUCUCGAUAAUGAUAAUUCUUAAAUUCCUGCUUCUUUCGAGCGUUGUCUACCUAACGUUAGGGUCGCCUGUGCCAAUUGAAGACGCCGCAACCAAUCACGAAAAAGAUGAUAAGAAAGCCCGCGACACUACUCUUCGAUUAGUAACAAUAGUAAUGAGACAUGGGGAAAGGGCACCGCAGGAUACCUACCCAAAUGACCCUUAUGCGAACAGUUCGAUGGAACCUUAUGGUUGGGGUCAACUGACAAACGAGGGAAGAAGGAGUCAGUACAAUCAAGGCCUUUUUCUGAGAGAUCGAUACGACGAUUUCCUGGGUUCGAUAUAUAAUCCCGACAUAUUUUAUUUGCAAUGUACCGCAGUGGAUCGUACAAAAAUGUCUGCAUUGCUAGAAGCAGCAGCUUUGUGGAAACCAAACGAAAAGCAAUCGUUCAAGCCUGAUCUACCAUGGCAACCCGUUACCCUAUUUUAUCAGCCGCGGUCAGAAGAUACAUUGAUGUUAAUUUGGGAUACUUGUCCGAAAUACACCAAGCUUCGACACGCAAUAAUGAGUUUACCAGAGAUUCAAAAAGUUCAAAACGAUAACAAACAAUUGUACGAAGAAUUGACGAACUUAACGGGUAUGGUAAUUUCGACUCCCGAUGAUGUCAGUUCACUUUACGCAACGUUAAUGGCAGAGGAACAAAUGAAUUUAACUCUUCCUGACUGGAUCGAAGAUUACUAUCCUGAUCGAUUGCUACCGUUGACAUUAUAUGACUUUCAACUUAACACGUACAAUGAUUCUCUCAGGAGAUUCAAGGGUGGACCUUUUCUGAAAAAGAUUGUCACUGACAUGCUAGAUAAGAAAGAUAAUAGUUUAGAACCUGAAGGAAGGAAAAUGUUUAUGUACGUAGGCCACGAUAGUACCGUCGUAACUUUGUUAGAUGCUUUGCAUGUGUGGAACAACCAACUACCUCAUUAUAAUAUCAUGACUAUGAUCGAAUUACACGAAAACAAAGAUGGAUGGAAUGUUCAGGUAUAUUUAAGAAAUACAACUGAUCGUGAACCAUACCCUCUGACUAUACCAGGAUGCACCACGAUUUGUCCCCUUGAAGAUUUUGUUCGCAUUUUAAAACCAACGAUACCGGACGAUUGGGAAGAAGAAUGCAAAGUUGAAGGGGAUUAUACACCUCCACCUGCUCCAGUUCCUUAAUUGUAAUAAUUUGUUUAGUUAAACUUUUCGUGUCAUUAAAGCAGGUUAGUAACUGAAGUCAAAUGUAAAACGUGUAAUGAGAAGUACAAAAUUAAAAUCAUGGAAAAAAUGAUAUAAAUAAUUAAUUUUUAAUAAUAGGUUACUUUGUUAUAACAUGAAAUUUUUGGAACGAAUAAACAAAAAUGGGAAUA